AUGGUCUCCGGCGGUAGUCCUCAUUAUGCUCUCCUACACAGGCAACUAAAGGAGGCGAUUUCGAAGAACCUCCAGGAGGCUCAAGAGCUCGAGGGAGAGCUCGCGGCACAGCUGCCCGUAGCUGCGCAAGCAGACGACGGUAUUGCUCAACUCACGGAUCUGAGAUUCAAAAUUAGAAACAGAUACGAGCACGUCGUUCUGAACGAUCCCCGCUUCUCCGCUGAGAAGAACAUAGAGCAAUUGCUCUGGAAGGCAGUGUACUAUCAAGUGAUCGAAACUCUCAGACGAGAAAUGGAGUUCGGAGUUCGAACGCCGGAGAGUGUUCGUGCCAACAUUUGUGAAAUCGUCGAAGAAGGGACGCUCUAUUACGAAAAUCUCCUGGAACAACUUCAGGGCUUGCACGGUUUCAACCUUAACGAAAUCUUGCGAAGUGAACAGCCCCAUGUCUUGGGCUCGAGGGGUUCUAUGAAGAUGGUGUCUAUUUCCGCGCACAAAAUUCUCAUUUACUUGGGAGACCUCUGCCGCUACCGAGAGCAGGCUCUGGAGAGCGCGAACUUUGUCAGGGCCCGGGAUUAUUACCUCAAAGCCCAGCAGCUUGCGCCGAAGAAUGGAAAACCUUACAACCAGUUAGCUCUCCUUGCAGUUUACUCGAGACGCAAACUGGAUGCUGUUUAUCACUACAUGCGAAGCUUGGCCGUGAGCAACCCAUUCUUGACGGCGAAGGAGUCCCUGACAACGUUGUUCGACGAGGUUCGGAAAAAAUAUGAAGCACAAGAAAAGAUGAAAAAACAGCUCGAAGCGAACAAGAGCAAUAGCCACUUGGCUUUGCCGGAGCAGUGUGAAAUCUGGAUACGUCCUGACGGGUCGAGCUGGCAGAGACGAGGGGAUUCAGAGUUGGAACAGAAACAGGACAUGAUCGAAGAACUGAGAGCGAUGUCUGACCUCGACCUCCUGAAACAAUUCACUUCGAGUUUCCUCCAUGUCCACGGGAAGCUUUUCUCCAAAAUCGGGAUGGACCAAUUCUCCGACGCCGCAAAACAGAUGAUGGUCGAGCUGAAGUGUCUUCUGAGGAAGCCCUUGGGUCCCGGAGGAGGUGCUAGAUACUUACAGCUCUUGACGAUAUGCAUUUUCUCAGUAGCCAACAACUCUCUCAAGAAUGCCGAAGCCCUCGACUCAAAUGCGCGGUCACUGAUGCAGGAGCACAGUGUCCAGAUAGCGUUGGCGUUCGUCACCCACUUGAUGGAGAGAUGCAGCGAGAGGAUCGAUGAGUACCUUCGGCAGCGUUCGGGAUCUGACGACAGAAUUCUACCCGAAGACGUCGAAGAGCUUCUGCCAGUGCUGAAAGUUUGGACCGACUGGAUGUCCGGCCACAAAAUGCUUUGGUGUCCCCCGCCCAAUAUGUGCGACUUCAGUACUUCAACGAAGGGAGACGUAUGGACAGCCUUGGCGGAACUCCUCAACGCGCUACAGCGAGCAGAAAAUCUCCGAAGCGAGCAGCAAUCGAAAUUAUUCUCGGAGGCUGUGAACGCGCCAUCGACCGAAGAGCUCGUGCUCCCGGAGGACACCAUCAUGGCUGGCUUCGUUCCCGUACUAAAUUCGCCGAUUGAUCCUUUCCUCGCUGGUCCGGUUCCGUCCGAACAUCGUGAGGCCUUCCGUACAAUGGUGCGAAUACAUCGACUCAACUUCUUCGCCGAUUACCUCUGCGGGUUGAAGAAGCCAUACCUCUCGUAUGAUGUGUACCACCGCACUUACGGCUCUCUCAUCGUCGACAACGGACGCCAGGACGACGACUGUGCGGAUGACGAAGACAAUCUCGUUGGCAACUAUGAAUCGCAAACCGGCUCUUCGGAGCAUUCGGAGAACGAAGACGCAAAUGUCCUUGACACAAGCCUCAAUGAAGAUGCGAUGACCGAGGUCGAUAAACUCCGGAAGAAAAAACAUAAUCUGCAGAAACGAAUGAGGCACCAGAACCGCGUCGAUGCUUACAUCGAGAGAGUGCUGAACAAUAACCGUGGCGCUACCAUUCUGGAAAUCCGUCCGCGGUAUCUUAUACCUGACACUAACUGUCUCGUGGAUCAUCUGGAGCUGAUACAGCGGCUCGUCGCCUGCAAGAAAUUCAGCAUAUAUAUCCCGAUUGUCGUUGUCAACGAGCUGGACGGUCUGGCACGCGGAACGAAUAACAGUUCCGGGGCGCGUGCGCAUCAGGACCCAGAACAUGCGGCUCGGGUCACAGCUUUCGCCCAGGAUGCCCUGUCCUAUCUCAAGGAGAUGUUCAACGCCCGGGAACCGAAACUGAGGACGAUAACCUCUCGAGGCAGCCUCCUAGAUUCCAUUGCUUUCCGCACAGAAACCGGGACCGAAAACGCGGGAAGCAACGACGAUGUGAUUCUGUCCUGCGCAAUCAGCCUGAGCAGAGAACAAUCGUUGCAGCCCGGAGAGACCGAGGCACCGUUGAAGUUGUUCAGAGAAGCGGUUCUUCUCACUGCCGAUCGGAAUCUGGCAGUGAAAGCUAUCUCACACAACGUGCCCGUCAGGGACCUGGCGAGUUUCAUCAGAUGGGCCCAAGUACCGCGACUCGAUCAGAGACAAGCCGGCGUUUGA